GAUGACGUCAGUCAAGCUCCCUGGUUUCCAUGCACAUGCGCAUUUGCGUUCGACGGCAAAAUGGCUGCGCUCGUGAGCAUCCGCGCGUGCCUGUCCGCUCUGCAGUUGACCUCCCCGAGUUUACGGCACAGCUCCUAUAAACUGAGUGCAGUUCCUCUAAAUCGGAGGAAUUUCGCGGCGGAGGCCAAAAGGGUGUUUUCUCGUGAUAAACCCCAUGUUAACAUCGGGACUAUUGGUCAUGUAGACCACGGCAAGACGACACUUACUGCUGCCAUCACCAAAGUUCUUGCCGAGGCUGGUGGUGCACGUUAUAAGAAGUAUGAAGAUAUUGAUAACGCUCCUGAGGAGAAAGCCAGAGGAAUUACCAUUAACGCCUCACAUGUGGAAUACACCACCGCUAACAGACACUACGCACACACAGACUGCCCUGGACAUGCUGACUAUGUCAAGAACAUGAUCACAGGCACCGCUCAGCUGGACGGCUGCGUUCUGGUGGUGGCGGCGACAGAUGGCCAGAUGCCUCAGACUCGUGAGCACCUCCUGCUGGCGAGGCAGAUCGGCGUGGAGAACGUGGUGGUGUUCGUGAAUAAAGCUGAUGCCGUGGAGGAUAAAGAGAUGCUGGACCUGGUGGAGCUGGAGAUCAGAGAGCUGCUCACCGAGUUCGGCUACGAUGGAGAAAACACGCCCGUUGUUAUUGGAUCGGCGCUCUGUGCCCUGGAGAACAGGGAGCCAGAACUGGGCGUUAACGCUGUUAUGAAGCUUUUGGAGGUGGUAGAUACUUAUAUUCCUCUGCCAAAGAGAGAGCUGGAGAAACCAUUCCUGCUACCCAUAGAGGGGGUCUAUUCUAUUCCAGGUCGUGGUACUGUAGUCACUGGCACACUAGAGCGAGGAGUGAUCAAGAAAGGAGAUGAGUGUGAAUUUGUUGGACACAGUCGUUCCUUUAAGUCUGUCGUUACUGGUAUCGAGAUGUUCCAUCAGUCGCUGGACCGGGCAGAGGCGGGUGAUAAUCUGGGUGCUCUGGUCCGUGGGCUGAAGAGAGAGGAUGUUAGGCGAGGAAUGGUGAUGAGCAAACCAGCAUCCAUACAGCCCCACCAGAAGGUCAAAGCUCAGGUUUAUGUUCUGAGUAAAGAGGAGGGCGGCAGACACAAGCCAUUUGUCUCAAACUUCAUGCCUGUCAUGUUCUCUCUCACCUGGGACAUGGCUUGUCGAGUAGAGCUGCCGGCAGGCAAGGAGAUGGUAAUGCCGGGAGAGGACACAUCUUUAACCAUGACCCUCAGACAGCCCAUGGUUCUUGACAGAGGUCAAAGGUUCACACUCCGAGAUGGCAAUAAAACCAUUGGCACAGGUCUUGUCACAGACAUCCUCACCAUCACAGAGGAAGACAAACACAACUGGGGCUGAAAGAGGAUGGAAGAGGGAAAAUCCUUUGAGACUGUGUCUUUUAAAGCCUUGCCGGACUAAAGUUCAAGAAAUCUUGCUCUAGAAUUGAAUUAUGGCUCAUGUAUUGCAAAAUGAAAUCUCUGCAAAAAACAGAUAAUUUUGUUAACAGGAACUUCUUUGCCCUGGUUGCUAAUAUUUGCGCAGGUCCUUAAAAUAUUUGCCAACCAAUUUGUUUUUGUCAAAAUGCUUUUCCCAGUGAUCUUGGUCAGAACAGUGAAGUGCUGCUCAGAUGAGACAUCAAAAUUGAAUAUGUUGUGUUGGAACAAUUCUUGCCCGAGUAAAAAAUAAAAAAUGCACAGCUUUAUUCACAAGAAA